AUGCAGCGUCCCACGGCCUCCUGCCUCAUCCUGGCCCUGGCGGCGUCCGUCGCCUACUCGGCCGUCAUCCUGGACAACGGCGCGCCCAUAUUGUGGGCCCAGACGGCGGCGCAGGUCAGCGACCUGCCCGUGCAGAACGACAUCGUGAGCCCCGACCCGUGGAACUUCCUGCACCGCAUGAGCUUCUACCGGCUGAUGAUCGCCGCCACCGAUCCCUUCAUGGGCUCCAUGGGCACCGGCGCUACCGACAGUCCCCUGUGGGGCCUGACCCUGCAGUUCGGAUGGAUUCUGACUUCAGGCCGUCUCGCCGACCCAACCGGCGCCACAACUUGCGGUCUUCAGACCGGAGAUACCAUGUGCAUCUCUCCCCAGAGCUGGUGGGGCUGCGUGAACCACUUUGUGUCCGUCCUGCCCUUCCUGUCGGCCGCCCAGCAGGGAUUCUUCGGGCAAGGAGUCCAGGUCCAGAUGCAGGCACCUGAGGGUACAGAGGGCUACUGCACCACCUACGCCGACUGCGCCACCAACCACGCCGAUGUGAUGGCUAAGUGGGACGCCUUCUACCAGGGCCUCAAGGCCUCCACGGACUCCCCGCUGCCCGACAACGAGAAGAAAGACGCCAUCCUCGGCCUCUACUGGGACGCCCACAUGGCUUCGCUGCACGCCGCCUCAGCCUGCAGCGCCAAGCAGAGCCAGUAUUCCCCCCCCGAGGUGAACUUCGCCUCCAGCUGGCUCAACUCGGCCGAAUACCUGUCCGUGACCAAUUUCCAGUCCACCUUCGACAAGUCCGUCGUGUUCCUCACGCCGAUGCCGGGACGCAUCCUGCAGGAGGGUGACAGCGCACCCAACAUACCCGACAUGACUCCGGAAGAGAACCACACGCUGUCCGUCUUCUCCUGGAUGAAGACCAUGAGGAGCCUUCUGGGCGGGACUGUGUUGCGCAUGUGGCGCAGCACCAUGUGCUCGGUGGCCAACCGAGAGAAGGGCCGAGAGAUGCUGGAGAAGCUGCUGCUCAAUAUGGACUUCGACAAAGGCACCUUCCUGUCCAUCAUCACCGGCAUGGCCACCGGCUGCUGA